AUGACAACGAUUAGGCUGCAAUCGUCGGAUGGCGAAAUUUUCACUGUCGACGUAGAGGUCGCCCAGUACUCGGUAACACUCACCAAUUUGAUGAAUCGUGGUAUUGGACUAGGUGAGAACGACGUUAUCCCACUGGCGACCGUAAACUCGCGCAAUCUCACCAAGGUGCUGGAGUAUUACGAGCACCACAGGAAUGAUCCGGUAACCGAACCCAUUCAUCGUCGCCCUCGCCGAAAAUGCCCACCCAGAAGACGUUCCAACAACAUCAGCAAGUGGGAUCAGAGAUUCUUGGACAUUGAUAAUGGCGCGCUGUGCGAGUUGGCACUGGCAGCUUAUUGUCUUGAAUUAUCAAAGCUUCUGAAUGUAAUUUGUAGUACUUUUGCCAAUAGACUGAAGAGAAGAACACCCGAGGAAAAGGAAGAAGUGAUGAAAUUUUUGCGAGGCGAAGGAUUCGAUAUGGAAUGA